AUGGAUAUUGAAUAUACAGUAACAGAAACUGUUCAUCAAAAUGCAGCUGGUCAAGUAAUAAAAAUCGAUUAUGAAUUUGAUGAAACAACUGUUAUUGAAUCCAUAAAUUCAUCAUCAACGAGUAUAGCACGACAAAAUAAAGAAAAACGAAAUCGUCAAUAUGAUGUAACAAUAACACGUGAACAAUAUCAAACACUAGCACGACAACUAUCAAAUGCAUUAUCAUUUGAUGCAUUUAUUAAUGUUCUACGUCCAUUUAUAAUGGGUUAUUAUGGAGAUAACGAACUUGAACGUGCUUUUCAUACAUUAGAUCGUGAUCGAUCAGGUACAAUACAUGUAAAUGAAUUAAGCUCAUUUUUACCCAUAUUAAAUGAAACAGUAAAUAGUGAUGCUUUAAAUGCUUAUGUCCAAAAAGUUGAUGCAAAUUUUGAUGGUAACAUGAAUUAUGAUGAAUUUCGUUCACUUGUUUUACGUGGUAUUGGUCGAGAUAUUGUUUGUAAUCAUGUAUAA